CUCCUUUGCUUCCUCUGUAGGUGCGAUAAAAACUGAGGCAGAGGAAAUGGAAGAUAACGAGCAGUAUCUCAAGACUGAAAAAGAAAGACAGAUUGUACCAAAAGAGGAAGCAGAGGGGGCCAGUGAGGACGGGAUGGAAGAUGGUCUUGAUGAGGAAAGGACAGAGGACGAAGACGAUGAGGAGAGGGAUGGGGAUGGGGAUGAAGAAGGAGAUACCCUGAAUGAGCCGCAGGACCUUUCACUGGUGGACUACUCACGUUACGACAGCGCGACCCUGCAAGACGCCCACGCAGCAGCAGAGGCUGCAGAGGGGACUUGUGUGCCUGGAGACAUGGGGCCCCGCAUUCAGACGACAGGCAAGCUCAACUGUGACAUCUGUGGCCUGUCCUGCGUCAGCAUCAACGUACUGCUGGUGCACAAACGCAGCCACACGGGUGAGAGACCAUUCCACUGCAGUCAGUGUGGGGCCUCCUUCACCCAGAAGGGAAACCUGCUUCGCCACAUCAAACUGCACUCCGGGGAGAAGCCUUUCAAAUGCCCCAUGUGCAGCUACGCCUGCCGUCGACGCGAUGCUCUGAGCGGGCACCUGCGCACCCAUUCUGUGGAGAAGCCCUUCAAGUGCAACCACUGCAGUCGCAGCUAUAAGCAACGCAGCUCCCUUGAAGAGCACAGAGAAAGGUGCCAUGUGUACAUUCAGAGCAAAGGUCCCGCUGAGAGAGAGGACAGCCACACAUCCAGGACUCAGAUGGGUACUGAGCGUGCUCUGCUGCUCGACAGGCUCGCCAGCAACGUAGCCAAACGAAAGAGUUCGAUGCCACAGAAGUUCACCGGCGACAAUGGUGUCUGCCUCGACCUGAGCUUUAACAGGGAGCUGGUCCACCAAACUGAUGCCAAGGACCCUCCAGGAGGAUCUCCGGGGCCCGACGGCCAACAUCAGCAACAUCCAAUCCUCACAGGCCCAGACGGCGAUGCAGCUCCCUCCCACAGGCCCUACCCCAUCUCAUUGAGUCGCAAUGACAUCAACCCUCUGGGCCUCACCAACGGUCAUAAGAUAGGCAUGUCACUCAUGGGCCACCCUCGCAACGCCCAGCCACCCCUAUGCAUGGACUCAUUCCACAAUGACAGCUCCCAAAUGUCCCAGCCCGUCAUGUACAGCUUAGGACACCUGCUGGGGGGGCUGAACCACCAGAACGGCGUCCCUCACCCACAUGCCCAGCCCAUCCCCUUGUCCCAUCCGCUGGAUGCUUUGCGAGUGGCCCGGGCUGAGGGGGAGGCAGGACCGGGGGCAGUUUACCCCUGCAGCCACUGCAGGGUGAUUUUCCUGGACUAUGUCAUGUUCACCAUCCAUAUGGGAUGCCAUGGCUUCCGGGACCCGCUUGAGUGCAAUGUGUGUGGCCACCGCAGCCAGGACCGUUACGAGUUCUCGUCACACAUAGCCCGUGGCGAGCACCGCUUAGAAUUGAAGUAACAUUCAUUCAUGCUUAUGUACAUGCUUGCACGCACGCACAC